CGGAACAGAUAAAACCACCACGGGCUUCGUUCCUCCUCAGUUCAUUGCCAUCCGUUCACCUUCCAUUUCUUUUGGCGUCUUAUUUCUUAGCUGAAUGAUUUGUUCGCCAUGGUCUCGCUGCAAGUCUCUAUUCUUUCUCCAAAUUCCGGAUUCUCUUUUGGUAAUCUUUACGGCCAAGGAUACCGACUCGAUCUAGGUUCACUAAAGCACGCCAUAAAUUGCUCGCUCCCAAGAAGAAAGACUGGAUCUUUGCAUAGAAAUGGGCGCUUCAUCGAGUAUCCUCGGCAGGUGUUUCCAUAUCCAGGAGGUAAUUUGAAAGAUUUGAUUUUGGUGGGUAGAGGGAGGAAGGGGAGCUUGGUUGUAGUCGGAGCCAACCAGGGAUUUGGUUUCAAUGGUGGUGGUGGAGGAGAUUGGGACAAGGGUAUCACCACGAGGGUGCUGGGUAAUCUGGCUUUGGCUUUCGGGCUGACAUACCUCACCAUGACCGGGCAACUUGGCUGGAUCUUGGAUACUAUCGUUUCCAUCUGGCUCCUUGCAGUAUUGUUACCUAUUGUGGGGUUUGGCGCUUUCUUCUGGUUUGCUGGACGAGACAUAGUUCAAAGUGGUUGUCCCAACUGUGGAAAGGAAUUCCAGAUUUUUAAGUCAGCUAUGAAGGAUGGUCCACAACUCUGCCCUUUCUGCAGUCAACCUUUCUCUGUACAGGGCAACAUGUUUGUAAGAGAAUCAACUAAGUUUUCAUCUGAACGCUCCACAAAUUACGGACAAGCCUUCAAUGGAUUCUCAUCUCGAGUUGAGAAAGGAAAGGCCUCUUCUGCUGCAGUUGUUGACAUUGAAGCCGAAGUGAAGGACAUAGAUUGAUUUCUUUCCAAACCGAACCGAAAAUGGAUGACAGGAUUCUAGUAUUCUCCGAGUUGUAACCUUGACUCUGUCAAAUUAUCAACUUCGGACAUCAUACUAUGUGCAGCUGUCGCAAGGCCCCAACAUGCAUAAACAACGAGUUGUUGGGUAUAUACUGUGAAGCUUCAAAUCGAAAAAUGGGUUGUAUUCAUAGAAAUCUAUUUCGUCAUUUAGGGGCAGGCAUCUCACAAGGGGACUCUCUCUACAUCUCAUGUACACAUUUAGAACUGCUGUUGGCAAUAAUUUUUAGUGAAAACCAUAAGUUAUAAGAUUGCUUUA